AGUGCAUGAGCCAUGGCAAGGCGGCGCGCAUGCAGCAGAACCAAGCGAAGCAUGGUGAGGCAGCUGCCACACAUCCGAAAAGGGCGUAGCGCCAGCGACGUGAGCCGAGUGGAGAUCAGAUGCAAUUAACCGCGGCUGGAGAUCGAUGAGGGGGAAGGAUUAGUGUUGGUGCGCGGCGAGGGAUUUCGUCGAACACUUUGGCAGCGGGGCACGCGGCCUGCCGCAGAUCUUGCUGGUCACUGUUCCCGCGAUCGACUGGAAAGGUGUGCUAGUACAUUUUGUGGGCCUAUGUGGUCUGUUGAAAGAGAGGGGAGGAGACAACACAACCCUCGCCCCUCGUCUUCAUUCGCUCGUCCGAUCAGGAAGGACGGUGGAUGAAAAAGCGCCCUGCACGCCUGAACAAUCGGCAUUAUUGUUCACUAUCUCCUUUUGUUUUCCCUCUCCCGUUCAUCUCUCUCCUCUUUGGCCUUCCUUUCCUUGCGACGACGACUGGGACGAGCGCCCCCCGCGCUUCUGCAGGCGAGCACCCCGCCACCAGUCGGAGAUGAACGCGUCCAGGAAAUCCAGCCAUCUCUCCAGCAAGGACAGUGCAGAGACCGCGAGGGAUAUCAUCACCACGUCCGGCCAAAUCCAACCCCUCAAAAUCCCGGACGCUGUUGCUGCGCUCGCACAGGCUGCUGCAAAGGCAAAUGGUGAGACCGAGAAAUAUCUUCCAGGGUGGCCGUUGUUCUCGCCUCCUAAGGUGCAGUUGGACAAGUGUACCAAGUGCUCCAGAGAAUUCUGUUCUGCAAUCAACUUCCGGAGGCACACACGUGUUCAUCGUAGAUCCCUCAAGAUAGAUAGGGAUUUUCCAAAGAAUAGAGACCUUCUCGCUGCAUUCUGGAAUAAACUCACUGUGGAUGAUGCCAGCAAAAUUUUGUCCUUGACAGGUGUUGUUAUUGAGGGUGUAACUGGUUCAUCAAUUUUGACAGCACUGUCAUCAUGGAUGUGUAAACCAGGGUAUGCUUCGUUGCCAGUUGCAUAUGCCAGAGCUGGCAGUGAGCUUCUGGAUCUAAUUCAAGCAAAGCCUUCAAUGCAUCUGCCUGUUUCAUCGGAUGAACUAUUUAGUUUGCUCGAUGAAGCAAGUGAAAAAACAUUUCUUUGCACAAAUACAGCUGCUUGUAUACAGAAGUUUUUAUUUGAUGGAGAGGUAGAAAAAAUUGCAACUGAGUUGAAAAAUGUUGUUUCGUGCGCUAGUUACAUGCUUGAACAAAAGCUGCUUGAAGCAUGGUGUGCUGAUAAGACUGCUGAAGCAUUAAGAUGCCAGAAGUUGCUGGAGGAUGAAGAGGAAGCUGCUCAGAAAAGGCAAGCCGAACUGAUGGAAAGGAAGCGGAUGAAGAAACUUAGGCAGAAAGAACAGAGGUUAAAAAACCUCAAGGAUGAGGAUGCGACAGUUCAGUCACCUGAAAUCAUGGAUGAUGCGACAUGUUCUACUGCCAUUCAAAGUGUGAAUUCCAUUUAUGAUCCUGACUGUUUUGAGCAAGAAGAAUCGCAGUAUCUUCAAUUUCCAGCACUAAUUACUUUGGAAACUGACAAUGAUUUUAAUGUGGACCUACCAGUAGAAGAUAUCAGUUGUGAUUUGGGGCCUGAAAUGGAUAAAGGUGUUGUAUUAAGGCAACAAGUUGUUUCAAGGCAUCAUUUAGGCAGAACGGAGAAGCUUGCUGAAAGUAGCAUUUUAUCUGGUUCCGUAGUUACUUCAAAGCAUGCAGCUUUAGCAAGGCCUUCAAAUUACAAGGAUCCAAAUGUCUGUUCUGCACCAAGUAGAAACAAAACUUGUGAAUUGAAACUACGGUCUGAGAUUGAAGAACAGUGCCAAAAACAUGAGUUAGAUGUAGAUGAACGUGGCAUUGGUCCUAGCAAAAACUCUCGUGUGCUAAUAGGAUCUAUAAUUGUCGCAAUUAAAGAUUGUAGUGAACACUUGCUGGACUUAGGUUCCAAGAAUGACCCAGUACCUCCCAAUGUAAAGACAAAGAAACAUGCAUCAGUCAAGGUGGUGCAACAAGUUACCCAUGAGGGAAACAGAAAUGAAGGUGUUCCUGAUAGUGAUAACCGUUCUAGCCUCAGUGUUACUACAGAUGAAAUCAGUUAUUCAACCUGCUGCGAUGCAGAUUUGGCAGUGGAUGAACAUUUACAAUGCACCACGUUUUCCAGUGAAGAAGCGACAGCCUUUCUUUCUCAAAGAUGGAAAGAAGCAAUAGCCGCCGAUCACGUGAAACUUGUUGUGUCCUGAAAACUAAAGGAAUGGCAGAAUAAAGAAAUUCUGUUGAGGGCAACAGCAUGGAAGCUCCGGCCGACUUGUCGCCGGAUCCCACAGCCCUACAACAUAGGUGGUUCUUAUCUAGCCUGCAGGGUGCUAUGAAAGUUUGGAUGUCAAGUUUGUGUUGCGGCAUGAAUGGUUGUAAAAUGGCAGGUGCAUUUUGCAGCUGAUUUGAGAUUGAAGCAGAGGGUUCUAGUUUUACAAGGGGACAGCUUGUGUGAUGGGAUCUGUUUUUGGUAAGGAAAAAAAAGAGUGAUUUGAAUAAUGGUUUGGUCGCACAAGUUCCUAAUCUUUUGUACUCGUUAGAGUCUGCUAAACACGAAAUGCAUGUGUGUUGAACAUGUUGUGCUUGCGGGUUGCGGCUUUCAUAUUGUCCCAGUUCUUUCUGCUGUCAGUUCACGUAACUCGCGUUCAUUUUGUAUCGCUUCGUGCUGUAUAACCCGUACUAUUUGCAAUCUAUUCUGGAAGUCUGCAGAAACUAAGUAA